AUGGCCCUCCGGCUUCAAGAUCCGCGCGGCCUCGCUGACGAGGUUGGACGGGCGCUUGGACGAGUCGAGGGCGCGGCCAGCGAUGACGAAAUGCAUGGAGGAGGACUCGAAUGGCAGGCGGUGGUUGUCGCCGGCGACGGCGAGCGGCGGGGAGCGCCUCCUCGCGACGCCGACAGCCCCGGUCACAUCGAGCUCCCGCGGCGCGAGCGCCAGCUGGGCCUCGCCGAGGCAGACGGCGCGGGAGGACGACCCGAGGAGGCCGUCGGCGAGCUGCCGCCCGAGCACCUCGACGUGGAACUCCACCGCCUCACGCCACUCGUUGCUGCGCCACGCCUCCGGCGACCCUGCGGCCGCCGCGGCCUGGGCGUAGGUCCUCCUCCCGACGACCGCGGUGACAUGGAGCUAGGCUCCGCACCCCCUCCCUGGCUGUGCCCCUCCGCCGCCCUCGUGUGCGCGUCACCGCGCCCGCCUGCUACCGCAGCGCCCCGCCCGCGCAGCCCUGCUCCGGCACCGCCCUCGUGGCCCCGCUCCGGCGGCCCUGCUGCGCCCGCUGAGCCUUCCCUUCCGCUCGCGCUCACCUCGGUCCAUGCCCCGCGCCCGCCACUGCCUGGCCUUGCCUGCUUCGCCCAGCUCACCCCCUCCCCCCCCGCUCGCCACUCCUCUAGCCGGUCGGCCUCGCCGCGCCCUGGCCUUGGCCAGAGGCUGCGUGCGGGCUGA